AAAAAGAAAAUUGAGAUAAAUUGGGAAGCUCUGAUUUGCCAUGCGAGUAGAACGUAGGUGAAAGUUGUAGUGCGAGUGUUUAAAGUUAGACUUUCGAUAAUUAGUCGGAUGACCCGUGGAAAAAAGGAGAACGUUGAUAACAGAGGAAAGGAGAUUCAAAAUUGGAAAAAGAAUGAAGAAGAUAGAAGAAGGAUCUUCUGAAAUGGGCCCCUACCCGUUCAGUUCCGUGAGGUCGUACCUCUCCACGAAGGAGCCACGACCCCCCCCCUCCCCCCGAGAUCCGACGGAGGACCGUGUUUUGGGGGUUCAGGGAAAAAAGCCCCCCAGUCCUGAGAUGUCUGCGUUGAAGAGACCAGGGGAAAAAUCUCAGGAACGAAAGGAAGCUGGACCAGGCGACAAGAAAGACGCAGAAGCUAACCCAGGAACACGAGCAAAGGCAGCCACUUUGCCCAGAGCCAACGGACCCUCCGACCUCCUACCGACACGUAGGUCUCCACCCACACAAGUGCUCAAGGGUCAGCGACGUCUUGCAGCGUUUUCAGGAAAGCGAACAAAAUAUAGUACAAUCGCGAAAGAUAGACACCCGGCUAGAUUGACUGCUCGCAAGAUGGUCGUAGCACCCUAAGGCUGCUUAAGACCCCCGUCGGGAGGUCCGGAGAGACCAUAUUGCGACCACAACCUGGGCCAGACCUCCUGAGCAAGCUCAGCAGAUGAGACCGAGGGGCGACCCCCGUCAGCACAGUCCACGUGCGUCUCUCUAACAGAAUGAACUACCCUAUUAUGAUUACUCGAAGAAAUAUGCUCGGCCUAACCAAAGAAUUAAGAAAAAUAAAGCGCGCACAAUGAAAAUAAACGAGAACGGAACAGAAGGAAGCAGGCAGAAAGAAAGAAAUAAGGAAAGCACAGAAAGAAUCACGAAUUAAAAAAAAGAAAAGUAGCAAAGUAAGGAACACGGGUGUAGGACAAAACAAGAAAUAAAUAUGGAAAUAAAAGGAUACAAACGAGUAAAACAGGAGAUGGUCCAAGAGGCCGAUAUGGGCGCCCACUCGUGGAAGAAUGACCGCUCUGAGCCUGAGGAAUCCCAAAAGUGUCUCCCCCGCACACCCCGCGGCUUCUGCGAUAGUAUAAUAAGCAGAUAUGUGACCUAUGUACCUGGCACUAAUAUGAUUUCAAUACUUCACGUUAGAGGAAUUCACAGCUCCUGUACCUGACAUGAUCAUUUACACGUAAGUGUUUUUUGAGGUUAUCCUUACGGGACUCCAUUAUGGAACACGCGACCAGGCGUCGUUUGAGUAAUACAUACAUUUUUGCUCCCGCAGCUUCGAGGAGAAAAGGAAUGUCUGU